AAAACUGAUUGGGAAGUAGCCAUAAAGAGUAUUAACAAAAAGAACUUGUCAAAGUCACAAAUCCUACUUGGAAAAGAAAUUAAAAUCUUAAAGGAACUUCAGCAUGAGAACAUUGUAGCUCUCUAUGAUGUCCAGGAAAUGCCCAAUUCUGUCUUUUUGGUAAUGGAGUACUGCAAUGGUGGGGAUUUGGCAGAUUACUUACAAGCUAAAGGAACGCUUAGUGAGGAUACCAUCCGAGUGUUCCUCCAGCAGAUUGCAGCAGCUAUGCGUAUUCUGCACAGUAAAGGAAUCAUUCAUAGGGAUCUUAAACCACAGAAUAUUUUGUUGUCUUAUGCCAGUCGUAGGAAGUCAAGUGUCAGUGGCAUACGCAUCAAAAUAGCUGACUUUGGUUUUGCUCGUUAUCUGCAUAGCAACAUGAUGGCUGCAACCCUGUGUGGUUCCCCUAUGUAUAUGGCCCCUGAAGUGAUUAUGUCUCAACACUAUGAUGCUAAAGCAGACCUGUGGAGCAUAGGAACUGUGAUUUAUCAGUGUCUUGUUGGAAAACCACCUUUUCAGGCCAAUAGUCCUCAAGAUUUGAGAAUGUUUUAUGAAAAGAACAGGAAUUUGAUUCCUAGUAUUCCUCGGGAAACAUCAGCUUACCUGGCUGACUUGCUGUUGGGUUUGCUUCAGAGAAACCAAAAAGAUAGAAUGGACUUUGAAGCAUUUUUCAACCACCCUUUCCUGGAUCAGAUUUCAACAGUCAAAAAGUCUUGUCCUGUACCAGUGCCCACAUACGCAGGCUCAGUCUCUGGCAGUUCCUGUGGUAGCUCUCCAUGCCGUUUUGCUUCUCCUCCAUCCCUGCCAGACAUGCAGCAUAUUCAAGAAGAAAAUCUGUCUUCCCCUCCAUUGGGUCCUCCGAACUAUCUUCAAGUCUCUAAAGACUCUGCCAGUACCAGUAGCAAGAACUCCUCUUGUGACACAGAUGACUUUGUUCUUGUCCCACACAACAUCUCUUCAGACCACUCAUAUGAUAUGCCAUUGGGAGCAGCUGGCAGGCGGGCUUCAAGCGAGUUCUUGAUGUGUGGAGGGCAUUGUCAGCCUUCGGUAUCCCCCCGCAGUGAAACGGCACCUAUUCCAGUUCCCACUCAGCUACGGAAUUACCAGCGCAUUGAGCAGAACCUCUCCUCUACUGCCAGCCCUGUAUCAAACCCCCACGGAUCACCAAGAGCUGCAGUUGUGAGACGCUCAAAUACUAGCCCAAUGGGCUUCAUGAAGAUGGGCUCCUGUUCUCCAGUACCAGCUGACACUGCACAGGGUGUUGGGCGCAGGCUAUCCACAGGAUCUUCUAGACCAUAUUCUCCUUCACCACUAGUUGGAACCAUACCUGAGCAGCUUGGACACUGUUGUUGCGGACAACUUCAAGGACAUGAAUCAAGGAGUAGAAACUUCUCAGGUUCUCCGAUACCACCCUCUCAGUCUCCACAGUCGCUCUUGAUGGGAGCGAGGUUGCAGAGUGCUCCUACCCUUACAGAUAUUUACCAAAACAAGCAGAAGCUCAGAAAGCAACAUUCAGACCCAGUAUGCCCAUCCUAUGCUGGGUAUGGUUACAGCCAUUCUCCACAACCAAGUAGGCCAGGUAGCUUGGGAACAUCACCUACCAAGCAUAUGGGAUCGUCACCUAGGAGUUCGGACUGGCUGUUCAAAACUCCGUUACCAACGAUCAUUGGCUCUCCUACUAAGGCAACGGCUCCUUUCAAAAUACCUAAAACUCAAGCGUCCUCAAACUUGCUGGCCCUGGCUAAUCGCCAAGGUUUGGUAGAUACCCCGUUGCAGCCUAAAGACAUCACUGACCCAAGGGAUUUCACGCACUUCCACUCGACCCAAGGAGGUGAAAAGCAGACAGGAGAACAGCACAGUAAAACUACAUUUGGCAGAUCUGUCAGUACUGGGAAGCUAUCAGAUCAACAGGUAAAGACUACCCUUGGUGGCCAGUUAUAUCAAGGCAGCACAGACAGCCUCAAUACAGAGCGACCAAUGGAUACAGCUCCAGCAGGGGCUUAUGGAGUUGCAAUGGCACCUCCUUCCAUGGGAAGCGGGGCAGGUUCUCGGGCUGUCAUGUUUACUGUCGGGUCCCCUCCAAGCAGCGCCACCCCUCCUACUUGCACCCACAUGGUCCUCAGAACAAGAACCACCUCGGUUGGAUCAAACAGUUCUGGAGGGUCUCUCUGCUCUACUAGUGGCCGUGUAUAUAUGGGCUCUCCUCCUGGUAUUUAUAUGGGUUCUUCUCCUCCGGGAGCCGAGGCAGCUCCGAGUCUGAAGUACAUGCCUUAUGGUACUUCGCCUCCCAGCUUAGAGGGCUUUAUCACUUUUGAAGCUCCCGAAUUGCCUGAGGAAACUUUAAUGGAGAGAGAACAUACAGAUACACUGCGUCAUCUAAACAUGAUGCUGACAUUUACAGAAUGCGUUCUGGAUCUGACAGCAGUACGAGGAGGAAACCCAGACCUGUGUACUUCUGCAGUAUCGCUGUACCAAAUCCAAGAGAGCAUAGUUGUUGAUCAGAUCAGCCAGCUAAGCAAAGAAUGGGGACAAGUAGAGCAACUGGUGUUGUAUAUGAAAGCCGCUCAGUUACUAGCAUCUUCUCUGCAUCUUGCCAAAGCACAGGUGAAAUCGGGGAAACUGAACCCAUCCACUGCUGUUAAGCAAGUUGUGAAAAGCCUCAAUGAGAGAUACAAAUUCUGUAUUGGCAUGUGUAAGAAAUUGACGGAAAAGUUGAAUCGUUUCUUUUCGGACAAGCAAAGGUUCAUUGAUGAAAUCAACAGUGUAACUGCAGAGAAACUCAUCUACAGCUGUGCUGUAGAAAUGGUUCAGUCGGCAGCUCUGGAUGAGAUGUUUCAGCAAACUGAAGAUAUUACAUAUCGAUACCACAAAGCAGCCUUGCUGCUGGAAGGACUGACUAAAAUACUGCAAGACCCUGCAGAUAUAGAAAAUGUACACAAGUAUAAAUCUAGCAUCGAGCGAAGGCUCUCCGCACUUUGCUAUAGCACAGUGGCUGUAUAUGAGCAGUAAGAAUAUCCUGAGGACCAGAUGGUGUGAACAUAAGGGACCACAUCGGUGAUACUGCACUUUUUUCACUACAGCUUAAUUGUUGUCCUUGUUCUGCCCCACGUGGAAGAUGAUUCUUACAUUUCUGUGGUGACUACCAAAGAAACAGCAGCAUAUUCAAAGAGGAGAAAUUCCAAAAGUACACUUGCCUUACUGAUCCAGCAGCUCCUUUUUCUUCCUAGCAACAGAAUUAAAAAGAAUCUCUCUUCACAUUUCAAACUGAUCCUUAUACGUGUGCUUUGAACAUGAAUGAUCAGGGGUUUUUUUCCCUCAUGAGGUUUAUAGAGUGGAUCUUUCUGCAUCAGGUACAAAAAGACACUUCCCUCAGAAGAUUCCCUCAAAAGUUUGUGAAAAAUAUUUUUAAGUUGUCAGUAAAAUGUGGCAGAGGGAAUUUGGGAAACCCUAACCAUGUGCAAGUGCUGUUUGAAGCUUUCGGGGCUCAGCUGGCUUGUGCUGGAGAUCACAUGUUGUAAACAUGGCUCAGCUUGUCAUAUGAAGGGACAGCGAGAAAGCACUCUCUUAUGCGGGGGAAAGAUGGAAGAAAUUGUGCACCAUCUGUGCAAAAUCCC